AUGUGCAUUACAAGAAAUAUUUUAUUUUUUACCCUGUUGGCAGGCAUUCACGCAUCAACCGCAUCUGAUCCAAUCGACUCUAUUUCAAGCCAAGGAGCUGAUAUUCUGAAUAGAGCGAAGCUCACGGGACAAACAGUUCGACAAUGUUCAUGCACAGAGCAAAGAGUUUGUGUGGAAGAAAUGAAGAUUCAAGCGAAGGACUGUACAGUUCCAUGCUUUCAAAAGUUCUCUUCGAUCACCUCUCGUCCAAAUGACUUGAAGAAAUGUUUCGACGAGAAAGACAAUAUCUUAGAGGACUUCCUGACCUGCUUUGAGAAUCGUGUCGAAGCAUGUGUAAGUGAUCAACAUGGACCACAAAUCCAGAAAACUGAUAUCCGCGGAAUCUUCAAAGUGACCGAGAAGAGUAUUGCGACGCAGACAAAUACCUUCCAGACAAUGAUCAAACCAAUCAAACACAUUCUCGAUGCAACUGGUGAUUUUGCCCUUUGUGUCAAAGAUUGUUUCUUGGAGAAGAACAAAAAUGGAUUCUGUUUUGAUAGAAAAGGAUGUCAACCUUUGGUUGCUGAGACAAAAGCAAGACAAUCAUUCCGUGCAUGCACAAAGCAAAUGCACUGGAAAAGAGAAGCCGGAGAGUUGUGUGAAUGUUCAGUGAAUGCUGGUGUAGAAGAGCUUCGUCAAUACUGUGCCAUGUUUAAGCUGAUGGGAAGACGCGCUCCGAUGAGAAAGUCUCGUGGAUAA